AUGCUGCGUGUUGCCUCUUCCCCUUCCCCUGCCAUUGCCGAGCUCGGGUACGCUGCGAGGUCGCUGCGUCGACAAGGGUGGCCGGGAGGAAUGUCUGAACCAGCCACGCAAUGCAGGGGAAAUGGCGGCGGCGGCGAGGGCGGUGCCGGCGGCAUGAGGACGGUGGAGUGCCUCAGAGGGAGGCUGCUCGCCGAGAGGGUGGCGUCCAAGGCGGCCGAGGAGGAAGCCGACCAGCUCGCCGCCAGGUUGGAUGAGCUUGAGAAGAAGCUCUCCGACGAGGUCAAGAUCAGGGACAGGGCGGAGCGGAGGCUGAGGAGGGCCAUCAAGAGGCUCGAGUCCGUCAAGAUUCUGGAUGUGGGGAGCUCCAUCGGCUCGCUCUCCUCCAACUCCAACGCCUGCUCCGGCCAACAGGCGGCGCCGGAGAUGGACGGUCCGGCGAGCUCGUUGAGCACCGUCGAUCCCGUACGGUCCGGCCCUCGCGAGGACAAGGGAUGGGACGGCGAGAGCGUGAAGGGCUCCUCGGCCGGUUCCUGCACUCAGGCCAACUCCUCACAGGACGGGAGCUGGUUCUCCGUUGUGUCCGAGCAGUCCGGCUCUGGAGUCUGCAAGGAGGAGGAGAGUCGCACGGAGGACUCUGACGACGCCGCGAACGAGAAGUGCGGUUCCGGUGACGGCGCUGGUGACGUUGAUCGUGAUUCAGAGAGGAGAGAAGAGCAGCCUGGAGCGUCCAGCGGCUCGUCAAAAUCCGAAGCGAGCUACCGCGACGAGGAGGACGACAGGCUCGCGCUGGUGCUGGUAGACAACCCGCACUACAGCGCAGAGCCGGCCGAGACCAAGGAGAAGAAGGAGGAGGAGAAAGAAGAGAAUGACGGGCUCGCCAUGGUCCUGGCGGACCCCCAGCCGAGAGCGACGAGCGUCGGCGGCAACGACGUGCAGUCGGUCCUGCUGGCGCUGCGGCAGGUCAAGGAGCAGCUGCGCUACACCAUUCAGAGGAGGUCCGAGGGGCUUGUCGCGCACCGAGAGCUAUGCGGUCACUGA